AUGGACAAUGAGGCAGAUUGGGUAUAUGUGGAAAAGCAGAAUGAAUUAAUCGAUGAACUUGAAGUUAUUUCGAUUGGUACAGAAUCUGAAGAAAAUGUCCCGAUCGAAAAUAAACCUAGUUAUGCUGCUGCUUUACUUAAAAAUAUUCAACCAAAUGAUCAACAACAACAACAACAACAACGUCAACGGAUAGUUUCGUCUAUCGAACCAAAGAAAUGCAAAUCUAUGAGUAAACCGAAUGGUAGAGAGAAUUCACUCGUAUCGUAUAUUGAAUCGAAACCUGGUAGUCAAUAUCGUAAUCCUCGUGAUAAAGCAGGGAAAAAUAAAGUUCAUAAUGGUCGACAACAAUCGACAUCACCACUAAGAAGUAAUGAUCAUUCAAUGAAAACUGAUUGCUCUUACUCUAAUCCUAAAUUAUCGAAUCUUAUUGAACGUACUCGAAAUAUGCGUCAGCAAUGUUCGACAGUAACUUGGAAAGACUGUGAUUAUUAA